AUGUUGGACUUCCUAGCUGAGAACAACCUGUGUGGCCAGGCAAUCCUAAGGAUUGUUUCCUGUGGUAAUGCCAUCAUUGCUGAACUUCUGAGGCUCUCGGAGUUUAUCCCUGCUGUGUUCAGGUUUAAAGACCGAGCCGAUCUACAGAAAUAUGGAGAUAUCAUCUUUGAUUUCAGCUAUUUUAAGGGUCCAGAGUUAUGGGAAAGCAAGCUGGAAGCUAAGCCAGAGCUACAGGAUUUAGAUGAAGAGUUUCGUGAAAACCACAUAGAAAUUGUGACCAGAUUUUAUUUAGCCUUUCAAAGUGUGCAUAAAUAUAUUGUAGACCUAAACAGAUAUCUAGAUGAUCUCAAUGAAGGUGUGUAUAUUCAACAAACCUUAGAAACUGUGCUCCUCAAUGAAGAUGGAAAACAGCUUCUAUGUGAAGCACUGUACUUGUACGGAGUCAUGCUGCUGGUUAUCGACCAAAAGAUCGAAGGAGAGGUCCGAGAGAGAAUGCUGGUUUCCUACUAUCGAUACAGCGCUGCUCGAUCUGCUGAUUCAAACAUGGAUGAUAUUUGUAAGCUGCUACGAAGUACAGGUUAUUCCAGCCAACCAGGAGCCAAAAGACCACCCAACUAUCCUGAGAGUUAUUUCCGGAGAGUGCCUAUCAAUGAAGCCUUCAUCAGUAUGGUCAUUGGUCGACUGAGAUCUGAUGAUAUUUACAACCAGGUCUCCGCAUAUCCUUUGCCAGAACACCGCAGCACGGCCCUGGCCACUCAGGCCGCCAUGCUGUACGUGACCCUCUACUUUGAACCUGCCAUUCUUCACACCCAUCAAGCGAAAAUGAGAGAGAUUGUGGACAAGUACUUUCCAGACAACUGGGUAAUUAGUAUUUACAUGGGGAUCACAGUUAAUCUAGCAGAUGCUUGGGAUCCUUACAAAGCUGCAAAAACUGCUUUAAACAAUACUCUGGACCUUUCGAACGUCAGAGAACAGUCAAGCAGAUACGCUACCGUCAGUGAAAGAGUGCACACUCAAGUGCAACAAUUUCUGAAAGAAGGGUAUUUAAGGGAAGAGAUGGUUCUGGACAAUAUCCCAAGGCUCCUGAACUGCCUGAGAGACUGUAACGUGGCCAUCCGAUGGCUGAUGCUUCACACAGCAGACUCAGCUUAUGACCCAAACAACAAACGCCUUCGUCAAAUCAAGGACCAGAUUCUAACAGACUCUAGAUACAAUCCCAAGAUCCUCUUUCAGUUGCUGUUGGACACUGCACAAUUUGAGUUUAUACUCAAAGAGAUGUUCAAGCAAAUGCUUUCAGAAAAGCAAGCCAAAUGGGAGCAUUACAAGAAGGAGGGCUCAGAGCGGAUGACGGAGCUUGCUGAUGUCUUUUCGGGAGUGAAACCCCUAACCCGUGUGGAGAAAAAUGAAAACCUUCAAGCUUGGUUCAGGGAGAUCUCGAAACAAAUACUGUCUUUAAAUUAUGAUGAUUCAACGGCCGCGGGCAGAAAAACUGUGCAACUAAUACAAGCUUUGGAGGAGGUUCAAGAAUUUCACCAGUUGGAAUCAAAUCUGCAAGUAUGUCAGUUUCUUGCUGACACUCGCAAGUUUCUUCACCAAAUGAUCCGAACCAUUAACAUUAAAGAGGAGGUCCUGAUCACAAUGCAGAUCGUUGGGGACCUUUCUUUUGCUUGGCAAUUAAUUGACAGUUUCACAUCUAUCAUGCAAGAAAGCAUAAGGGUAAGCCCGUCCAUGGUCACUAAACUUAGAGCUACAUUCUUGAAGCUUGCCUCUGCCCUCGAUCUUCCCCUUCUUCGUAUUAAUCAAGCAAAUAGUCCUGACCUUCUCAGUGUGUCUCAAUAUUACUCUGGUGAAUUGGUGUCCUAUGUGAGAAAGGUUUUGCAGAUCAUUCCAGAAAGCAUGUUUACUUCGCUUCUAAAGAUCAUAAAGCUUCAGACCCACGAUAUCAUUGAAGUGCCAACCCGCCUGGACAAAGACAAACUGAGGGACUAUGCUCAGCUUGGCCCACGAUACGAGGUUGCCAAGCUUACUCACGCUAUUUCCAUUUUUACUGAAGGCAUCUUAAUGAUGAAGACAACUUUGGUUGGCAUCAUCAAGGUGGAUCCAAAACAGUUGCUGGAAGAUGGAAUAAGAAAGGAGCUAGUUAAACGUGUUGCUUUUGCUCUUCAUAAGGGACUGAUCUUCAACCCCCGAGCCAAGCCAAGUGAGUUGAUGCCCAAGCUGAAAGAGUUGGGGGCUACCAUGGAUGGAUUCCAUCGCUCUUUCGAGUACAUACAGGACUACGUCAACAUUUAUGGUCUGAAGAUUUGGCAGGAAGAAGUUUCUCGUAUUAUAAAUUAUAAUGUGGAACAAGAGUGUAAUAACUUCUUAAGAACAAAGAUUCAGGACUGGCAGAGUAUGUACCAGUCUACUCAUAUCCCAAUACCAAAGUUUACCCCUGUGGAUGAGUCUGUAACAUUUAUUGGUCGACUCUGCAGAGAAAUCUUGAGGAUCACAGACCCAAAAAUGACAUGUCACAUUGACCAGCUGAACACUUGGUAUGAUAUGAAGACUCACCAAGAAGUGACCAGCAGCCGGCUCUUCUCAGAAAUCCAGACCACCUUGGGGACUUUCGGUCUGAACGGGUUAGACAGGCUUCUGUGCUUUAUGAUUGUCAAAGAGCUACAGAAUUUCCUCAGUAUGUUUCAGAAAAUUAUCCUGAGAGACAGAACUGUGCAGGAUACCUUGAAAACCCUUAUGAAUGCUGUCAGCCCCCUAAAAAGCAUAGUGGCAAAUUCGAAUAAAAUUUAUCUUUCUGCCAUUGCCAAAACACAGAAGAUUUGGACAGCGUAUCUCGAGGCUAUAAUGAAGGUGGGGCAGAUGCAGAUUCUGAGACAGCAGAUUGCCAACGAGUUAAAUUAUUCUUGUCGGUUUGACUCCAAACAUCUGGCAGCUGCUCUGGAGAAUCUCAAUAAGGCUCUCCUAGCAGACAUCGAAGCCCACUAUCAAGACCCUUCACUUCCUUACCCCAAAGAAGACAACACACUCUUGUAUGAGAUCACAGCCUACCUGGAGGCAGCCGGCAUCCACAACCCACUGAAUAAGGUCAACGAUGAAAAUAAGGAACAGAGUGGUGGGAGGCGCAUGAUUCCCAGAUCCUUGAGCAAAUUCAGAGUUGCCAAGGCCCAGGUUAGGGAAGUCAGGAUAACUUGUUUUGGCAUCUCUGGGUUAAGUAAGAGAGUUUCCGGUCUUCACAAGAACCCAGAGAUGGGAUCUGAAGGUCUGGCCAGUUUAACGCCUUUCUCCAAAGCGCUGGACCAUUUUACAUCCCACCAGCGUUUGGCAACACCACCGGAAGCCCCCAGCAAUCCCGGGCCGAAUCCAAACAGUAGUCCAGAGUUGUUGUUCCCCAGAUACUCAUCUGCCAGUGCAGGAAUGGUCUGCCGGAAACCUGCGGACCCUGUGGACUGGCCGCCGCUCGUCCUGGGAUUGCUCACCCUGCUGAAGCAGUUUCAUUCCCGGUACACUGAGCAGUUCCUGGCGCUGAUCGGCCAGUUUAUCCGCUCCACAGUGGAGCAGUGCACAAGCCAGAAGAUACCUGAAAUGCCUGCGGACGUUGUGGGUGCCCUCCUGUUUCUGGAGGAUUAUGUUCGGUACACAAAGCUACCUAGGAGGGUUGCUGAAGCACACGUGCCUAAUUUCAUCUUUGAUGAAUUCAGAACAGUCCUGUAACUUUUUUGACAUCUGCAUCUUCAGUCAAAGGCUUGUCCUUCAAUCUUCCCAUGACUAAAAUGAAUUUAGAAAUGAAGAAACUCAGCUGCUCGUAGAACUGCAUCGCUCCCCUUAACUGUGGGAAACGUCAGGUAUUAAGAUGUAUCUCACGGCACUCGUUCAUAUAAUUAAUAUUGUUUAAAUCAUGGUAUUAUAUGCAAUU